CAUGUUCAGGACCAAACGAUCUACGCUCGUCCGGCGUCUCUGGAGGAGCCGUGCGCCCGGCGGCGAGGACGAGGAGGAGGGCGUGGGGGGUGGCGGCGGCGGAGGCGAGCUGCGGGGAGAAGGGGCGACGGACGGCCGGGCUUAUGGGGCUGGUGGCGGCGCGGGCAGGGCUGGCUGCUGCCUGGGCAAGGCGGUCCGAGGUGCCAAAGGUCACCACCAUCCCCAUCCCCCAACGUCGGGUGCAGGGGCGGCCGGGGGCGCCGAGGCGGAUCUGAAGGCGCUCACGCACUCGGUGCUCAAGAAACUCAAGGAGCGGCAGUUGGAGCUGCUGCUCCAGGCCGUGGAGUCCCGCGGCGGUACGCGCACCGCGUGCCUCCUUCUGCCCGGCCGCCUGGACUGCAGGCUGGGCCCGGGGGCGCCCGCCAGCACGCAGCCCGCGCAGCCGCCCUCGACCUACUCGCUCCCCCUCCUGCUGUGCAAAGUGUUCAGGUGGCCGGAUCUCAGGCAUUCCUCGGAAGUCAAGAGGCUGUGUUGCUGUGAAUCUUACGGGAAGAUCAACCCCGAGCUGGUGUGCUGCAACCCCCAUCACCUUAGUCGACUCUGCGAACUAGAGUCCCCCCCUCCUCCUUACUCCAGAUACCCAAUGGAUUUUCUCAAACCAACUGCAGCCUGUCCAGAUGCUGUGCCUUCCUCCGCGGAAACCGGGGGAACGAAUUAUCUGGCCCCUGGGGGGCUUUCAGAUUCCCAACUUCUUCUGGAACCUGGGGAUCGGUCACACUGGUGCGUGGUGGCGUACUGGGAGGAGAAGACGCGAGUGGGGAGGCUCUACUGUGUCCAAGAGCCCUCCCUGGAUAUCUUCUAUGAUCUACCUCAGGGGAAUGGCUUUUGCCUCGGACAGCUCAAUUCGGAUAACAAGAGUCAGCUGGUGCAGAAAGUGCGGAGCAAGAUUGGCUGCGGCAUCCAGCUGACGAGGGAAGUGGAUGGCGUGUGGGUGUACAACCGUAGCAGCUACCCCAUCUUCAUCAAGUCCGCCACACUGGACAACCCGGACUCCAGAGCGCUGCUGGUGCACAAGGUGUUCCCUGGUUUCUCCAUCAAGGCUUUCGACUAUGAGAAAGCUUACAGCCUGCAGCGGCCCAACGACCACGAGUUCAUGCAGCAGCCAUGGACGGGCUUCACCGUGCAGAUUAGCUUUGUGAAGGGCUGGGGCCAGUGCUACACCCGCCAGUUCAUCAGCAGCUGCCCGUGCUGGCUGGAGGUCAUCUUCAACAGCCGGUAGUCGCGAGCGCGGGGAGAAGAGGACAGGAUGGAGCGUGAGCCGAGCAGGCCACCAUUCAAACUACUUGCUGCUAACCUUUCCCUCCCGAGUGCUUGCUUUUCAUGCAAACCCUUUGGUCAGUUUUGCUGUUAACCAUUGUUGGUUGUUUUGUUUUUUGUUUUUUUUUUUUUUCCUUCUCGUUCUUAUUUGUGUUUUGUUUGUCUUGUUCUUUGAGAAAUAGCUUAUGAUGAAUUUGUUUUUUGUUUUGGGUUUGUCUUUUUUUUUUUUUUUUUUUGAGGUGGUGGGUGUGGUUGACAGGAUACCCCAAUAUAAAAAUGGGAAGCAAAAGUCAGCACUGCCAAACAUGGUAUAUGAAAGUAGUGGGUACUGCCUUCCCUUCAGAGUGGACGUCCCCGAGCGUGUAGGGGCGUGCGUGAACAGCAGAUGGGGGAAAUGCUUUUUGUGUUCCUUAUGGAUGUCCCCAGCUGAGAGACCGCAGUUUCAAGCUGUGUGCCCUUUGGACAUGCUCAGUGGGGCAGAGUCAGUACCUGGGCAGACUGGCAGCAGGUGUCCCAGCAGCUGCCAAGCUUUGCCCCAGCCUGCCGAAGCCCCUGCCCUGCCUCCCCCCUUUUAGGACUCGGGCCUAUCCACAGGCUUCUGAGAAGCCAGCCUGCUAGGGGCUGAACCAAUCGUUUUCAUCCCUGUCUUACUGCCUCCUGUCACCCGCUGCCAUUGUCAUGUCUGUCUUUUUUGGCCAUCUGCUCCUGGAUCUCUCUCUUGAGAUGGGCUUCCCUAGGGCUGCAGGGACAGCCCGGACACAGUAUUGCUAACCCAGGACCCUCGGGGUGGGGGUGGGGGCCCUCAGCUGGUUCCCCCACUGUGGUUUUUCAUCAGGUUCCCCCAGGUGUGGAAAGUCAGCUCAGCACCUCAUCCCCCAGCCUGUGUGCUGAGCUCUGUAGACCAGCGAGGGGCAUCCCGGAGGGAACUGCUCAGUGGCCCCCCUUCCCACUGAGAAGGUGUGGCCCUGCCAUAACAGAAGGUACCAUCCUAGGCUGACUCCCAGCUCUUCUCUCAACUCAUACACUCGUAUGAUAACUUUGACACUGUUCUUAGCUCAAUGAGCACGUUUAGACUUCAACAUAAGCUAUUUUUCUAACUACAAAGGUUUAAGUGAACAAGAGAAGCAUUCUCAUUGGAAAUUUAGCAUUGUAGUGCUUUGAGAGAGAAAGGACUCCUUAAAAAAAAGCUGAGAUUUAUUAAAGAAAAUGUAUUUUAUGUUAUAUAUAAAUAUAUUAUUACUUGUAAAUAUAAAGACGUUUUAUAAGCAUCAUUAUUUAUGUAUUGUGCAAUGUGUAUAAACAAGGAAAAUAAAGAGAAGAUGCACUUUGCUUUAAUAUAAAUGCAAAUAACAUGCCAAAUUAAAAAAGAGAUAAACACAAGAUGGGUGUUUUUUCUAUGGGUGUCAUCACCCGGCUGAAUGUUUUUCUAAAGGAGUUUAUGUUCCAUUAAACAGUUUUUAAAAUGUA